AUGCGGACGCAGGCGGUGCUCAAGGCCGCGGACUAUCAGCAGCAGCUCCGUGUGUGCAAUGCCUUCCCCUCCGAGAAGUCUCUCGACGUGGUGAAGGGCGCCUCUCUGCUGACGAAGGAGCCCUUGCAGUACCUCCAGUGCAACAGCUUCGACGAGCCCUUGAAGGCUGGUGACAACCUGGAAUUCAAGAGUGGCAAUGCCACGGCCGGCGUGUUCACGGUGUAUGACGUCCCAAAGCAUGACGCCAUCUUUGUCCUCGUGGCGCACAAGAGGGCAGCCCUUGCAAGCCAGUCCGGCUACGAACUGGAUUUCUUGUCGCACGUGUUCGCCCCCGCGGACACGGCGCAGCUUGCCGUCAUCGAUGCCUACAACGGGCCCGAGUCGAACAUGAGCAUCUCCACUGUCGGCGGAAACGAGAGCAGGAGCGAGCAGCUUUCGUUCGGCACUGCCACGGGCAUCAACUCAGGAACUUACGACAUUAUUCUCGCCGCGAACGGGCGACCCCAGUCCAUCUCCUUCACGGCUGCCAAGAAGGAGCUUGGGGCAUUGACCCCCGGAUGA